AUGGGCCGGGACAGGAAAAUGAGUGAUAGUGUAACCGUUUUCGGCAGAGCGUUGGUCGAGGGAUUGACUUCACUUGUCUCUGUCGAGUUUGUAGCUUGGUGGGGAGAAUUGAAAGACUCACUGAUAAGUGCUAAGUACUAUGACAGAGGACUUCGGCGAAGCUCUAGUUCUGUGACUAGUGAAGAACGUCGUCGUGUCUGCAUCCAGGCCAGUCUUCGUUCUUUGCAGCAGCUGAUAUCUGCAAAUGCCUCCAUGGGAGGUGGACAUUCCAGUAAAGGCAUCGCUGGGAGACGACGAAGCGCUAAUGAAGCAGUCAUGUCUGCUCUCGGUGGAACGUCAUCUCGUCGCUCAGGUUUAUGA